AUGCAGUCUUGCCUAAUAAUAUUGUCAGUCUUCAGUCUAGGGUUGGUAACAGACACCCCAGUAGAUUUCACAAAAUUCAACCAAAUUCAGCUCAAUCAAGAUGUGGCUCUCCGGAACUCAUUGUUAGAGAAUGCUAUCCUGGAAGCAUUGGAAGGUUUAAGGAAGGACAUGGUGACGGGUACUGAUGAUAUACCAGUCCUUGAUCCUUUGGAAGUUGAGCAUUUACACUUGAAUGAAGAAUUACUCACUUUACCUGGUUCCCACGUGACCCUGAAAGACCUGAAGGUUGAAAAACUGAGUACGUUCGUGGUAGACACACUGUCAGUCACUGUUGAGACGCUGCUGCCUUUACGGUACCGGAUCACCUUCGACAUACGGAUCCCUGAAUUGCCUGCUGAGGCCGAAAACUACGAUCUUAUGAUCAUAGCACAGGGUCUUAACAUUUUUGGAAACGGCGACGCUAAAGUCACUCUGAUUGAGCCGAAAGUGCACGGUCACAUCGUGUUGAGCCCGAGGAUCACGAUCGGGUCUGGCUUGUUCUAUAGUAUCACUACCAGUAAUGUCAACUUCUCAUUGAAAGGAUUCGAAUCGAAGAUCAACGGGUUGAUGAAUGAUGCUGCUAUGUCGGAAUUCAUCAAUACAUUCUUGGGUCACUUCGUGCCAGAUGCCGUGGUUGUGUACAAGGAUGAUAUUACGAAAAUCUUAAGUGAUACUGUAAUGGAAGUGGGGAACGAGCUGCUGCAAGACUUGAACUUAGGUGCAAUCCUUGGAUGA